CGAAAUCCUUGAUAUAGACACAAUUACCAAACCCUAAUAAGCCUCCACCCAAAUCGACCGAUUACCGGCGGCGGAGACAGGUAAAGAUGAAGUAUAAUCCGCGGGUGUCGUCCUCCCGGCGCAAGAGCCGCAAGGCUCAUUUCACCGCGCCGUCCAGCGUCCGGCGCGUGAUCAUGAGUUCGCCGCUCUCCGGCGACCUCCGCUCCAAGCACAACGCGCGGUCGAUGCCGGUGCGCAAGGACGACGAGGUCCAGGUGGUGCGCGGCACCUACAAGGGGCGCGAGGGCAAAGUCGUCCAGGUGUACCGGAAGAAGUGGGUGAUCCACAUCGAGCGCAUCACGCGAGAGAAGGUGAACGGAUCCACCGUCAACGUCGGGAUCCACCCCUCCAAGGUCGUCAUCACCAAGCUCCGCCUCGACAAGGACCGGAAGUCGCUGCUCGACCGCAAGGCCAAGGGUCGCGCCGCCGCCGACAAGGACAAGGGCGCUAAGUUCACCGCCGACGAUAUUAUGCAGUCUAUCGAUUAGGAGGUUGGUUCAUUUCUAGAUUGUGAGCUUUUCUCAAUUUGCGAUUUUUGUCUAUCGGAGGAAUUGCCGAUUUUGAUGAAUUUUGUUUCGUUUCAGACUCGAUGUGGAGUAAUAUUUACAUUGUUAUUAAAUUUUAGCUUAAUUUCACAAUGAGUUUCCGUUUAUAUAUCUAUUAAGUACUAAUUGCUUUA